AAAUUAUCACCAGUGUGUUUUUGUGUGUGUGCCGGUGCUUUGCCCAUCAUAAUAAUCUGUUGUUGUUUUUUUUCCUAUAACUUCAGUACAGUUGCCUUUCUUUAAUUUAAAAAGUGUUUUUUUCUUUAAAAAAUAAAUAGAUUUUACUUCCACAGAUACCAGCGAUUUACUGUUAACUUUUUGCAGAUUUUGAGACAGAUACACUCUCUGCUUUUUUUCAACAAACGCACCUGAAUUGGCGCAAGAAUACAAGGUGUGAAAAAUGUCCGUCACUGUUGUCAAAGACGAAACUGGAGUGACUGUGAUCACUGUGGAGGCUGACAAAAAAAGCAUGUUGUCACCGCUGUGUCAAAUCCUCAAGACUCUUUGCUACAGUCCGACAUGCUGCUCAGUGCAUAAGGGGCUGAUGAGGACCAGUGUGACUGCAGCUCUCGGGACUAUACAGAUCAUGGGGGGCCUGUUCAACAUCGCAGUGGGGCCAGGACGAUCAUACAUGUAUUCUCCGGACGAGAGGGGGGUUAUUGCUGCUCACUGGCUGGGAGCUAUGUUCAUCGCAACAGGAAUCAUGUCCCUUCUAGCUGGCGGGUUCCCCUCUCUUUUCUUGAUGGUCUUUGCUGUGAUUUUGAACAUAGUCGGAUCUAUCCUGGCAUUUGCUGGCUGUGUGCUGUAUGCCAUAGGUGUCACAACUGCGCAUGUCAUACCGAUAUGUGAAAUGCACCGGGUCAUCAAUCAAAGUUAUGCUCAAGCUUGCAGAGCUGUGGCAUUUCAUUUCUUGGGUUUGGUGACAAUCAUAGACUUGACGAUGGUCGUCCUGGCAGUUCUCCUGCUGUGCGUCUGCAUCAGCUUUGCUGUUCUGGGCAUCAAGGCGGUGGUCAACAGGAAGAAGGAAGAGGUUGGCAAAGAAGAUCAGCCGCAACAGUUGAAGGAAGUUCUUCUGACCAGUCCUGAUGCUUAAAAAUCAAUACUUCUACACACAUUAAAUUAUGAGUCGUUAUUAUAUUUGUGCCUUUAAACACACUUGAAGAAAGUAAUCAAAACUGCUCCAUAGGACACAACCCCACCCCCAAGUGUAUUUAUUUGGAUUUUUUCCCUAUUUUUUAGCAUAAACUUUCCCAAAUAAAUGUAGAAUAGUGAAAACAGCCCAAAGAGACACCUCACUUGUAUUGGGGGCUAAUAUUUGUAAUAAUAAUAAUACAGUUUUUCAAAAUAGCCCAUUUCAAGGUUAAGCUUAAAAUACUUCCCAGAUUGAAGAUUUAUUGAAUUAUUUAAUUUUUUUUUAUUAUUUUAGUUUCAAGAUGUUUACAGGAAAGAGUAGAUAUUCACACGUAUAUUUGAAAUGACAGGAAACAAUUUUACAAAUAUAAAAAAUAGAAAAACAAAGUUUGGUCUUUGACCCCUUUAUCUUCUAACAUGGGCAAAGUACAAAAUUAAAGUCAAUAAUGUUGCAAAAAAUUAAUGGUAGAAUUAAUGCAGUCAAUAUGAGGUAUUUCUGUGUAUCUCUAAGUACAGUUCUGAGUGUUUCGUACUCUGACAAGUUUAUACCCAGUAUCUAAGGAAGGUAUUGUACUUCUUUUAUGUUUUUUGUAAGACAAAUGUGAGUAAAAUUAAGUAAAAUUUUGAUUGCAGAUCUGUUGCUUACAUGUGGAGUUGUUACUUUGACUCAAAUAAAUAACCUACGUAGUCUACUUA